CUAAAAGUGAGUGAGUUAGUGAUAAAAAAAUAAUAAGAAAAAAAAUGUUAUUUUAUUAAAAUAAUAAUUAUAUCAUCGUCUUAAGUUAUGUCGCUUUAUUUAUCGUCGUGUAAUGAGGACUCUUGCGCAAUUAACUGACACCAAGAGUGGUCAGUGCAAUAGUGAUUGCGAUGAUAUGAAUUCGCUAUGGAAAUCAUGAUACAAUAACCUCCAACAAUUUUUUUGUUGUUACGAUUGGAGCUGCUUUUAUUUGCUAUCCAGUCGAGUUUGGUUGCUGUCAGACUAACAUCUAAUCCAAGACUUGAGGUUCACUCUAGUUAGCCUAGCUGUCUAUUAAUUGAAUAUAAAGUAUUAGUGUUAUUUUAAUGUAUAUACCUAUGGUGUGUCACGUGAAAUUUUUACCAUCGACGUUUAAGUCGUCAUUCUUAAUGUAUCGUUUAAAUUCAUCUGGGUAUAAAAAAUCAUCGGAUUUAGAGUCGAUAGCUUAUAAAAAUUACAUUCGUCCGUUUCAUUGAAAUUCAAUGAAAAUAUUACCACUUUGUUUCUUCUUUUGUUUUGUUCAAUUUUUUAUUUAAUUAUUGGAGCUAUUUUAUGAUUUAAAUAAAAGGAUCAAUUAAAAACUCAGGAGUUAUAAAUUAAGGAAUAAAAAAGGGUCUGAAAAUAAAUCAUAAGAUAAAAAAAAUAAGAAGAUGUCUCAAUUGAAUAUAAGCAGCGGAAAACGUGGCCGAGGAGUAGCAAGUACUUCUGCAGCAGCAGUUUCAGCAUCCAACAGCUCGACGGAUUUGGCGAGCUUGUUCGAGUGCCCAGUCUGCUUUGAAUAUGUUUUGCCUCCUAUUUUGCAGUGUCAGAGCGGUCACUUGGUUUGCAGUAAUUGCAGACCCAAAUUAACUUGCUGUCCUACUUGUCGAGGUCCAUUAGGUAACAUUCGUAACCUUGCGAUGGAGAAAGUUGCGAGUAACGUCAUGUUUCCGUGCAAGUAUUCAACGAGCGGAUGCACAGUGUCGAUGGUACAUAUAGAGAAGCCAGACCACGAAGAUGCAUGCGAAUUCCGUCCUUACAGUUGUCCGUGUCCUGGUGCUUCAUGCAAGUGGCAAGGCUCAUUAGAGGAAGUCAUGCCUCAUCUUGUUAUGAGUCAUAAAAGUAUUACUACAUUACAAGGUGAAGAUAUUGUAUUUUUGGCUACUGACAUAAAUCUCCCUGGUGCUGUCGAUUGGGUUAUGAUGCAGUCAUGUUUCGGUCAUCACUUUAUGCUUGUGCUAGAAAAGCAAGAAAAGUACGAUGGCCAUCAACAGUUUUUUGCUAUUGCACAGUUAAUUGGAUCUCGUAAACAAGCUGAAAAUUUUUCAUACCGAUUGGAACUUAAUGGCAAUCGACGACGAUUGACAUGGGAAGCAAUGCCGAGAUCGAUUCACGAAGGUGUCUGUUGUGCGAUUCUCGCUUCCGACUGCCUCGUAUUCGAUACAUCAAUAGCACGACGUUUUGCUGACAACGGAAAUUUAGCAAUCAACGUUACGAUAUCCAUGGUAUAGAAUGAAAAUAAUUAAAAA